AUGGAGUGCAUGCGUGAUCAGCUGCAGGCAGGUGUUGUACUACACGGCCGAUAUGAAACCAUAUCCGCCCUCAACCAUGGCUCCUUUGGCAUGGUCUUCCAGGCCAAGGACCUGGUGACGGACGACCUCGUGGCUAUCAAGGUCGUCACCAAGCCUUCUGCCGCUGCCAACUGCCCGUCUGCUUUUGCUGUCGAUGAGCGCUCGGAGGAACUCGGUGUGCACCUCCGCCUGGGUGCGCACCCCAACGUCGUCAAUCUUCUCCAGUCCUUCGAGACGCAGAACCACAUCUACCUUGUGCUGGAGUACUGCUCCAAUGGCGACCUGUACGAGGCCAUUCGCUUCGACAAGGGUCCCCUGGAGACGGAGCACGUCCGCGACUUCAUGAUGCAGCUGGUCGGUGCCGUCGAGUUCAUCCACGCCAAGGGCAUCUACCACCGCGACAUCAAGCCCGAGAACAUCUUCCUCACCCAAGAUGGCUCGAUGAAGCUCGGCGACUUUGGUCUGGCCACCUCCGACGACUGGUCUUGGGAGAUUGCUGUGGGCAGUGACCGUUACAUGGCUCCCGAGCAGUACGAUCCUACCAACGCCGGCUACUCCACUGCCAAGGCCGACAUCUGGGCGAUUGGCAUCUGCCUGCUCAACGUGCUCUUCCAGCGCAACCCUUUCGCAGUCCCAGCGCAGUCCGAUCCUCUCUUCGCCGACUUUGUUCUCGACCGUCAGAGCCUCUUUGAUGUCUUUCCCAACAUGUCCCAGGAUACUUACGAGGUCAUCCGACACUGCUUGGCUAUCGACCCCGAGAAGCGCGACCUCGCCGCGGUCAAGGAGGCUCUUGCUCGUGCCGUCACCUUCACUACCGACGACGAGGCUCUGGACGAGUUCUGUACCGAGGAGCGUGAGCCCUUCGUCGUUGGCGCCAACCGUGAACCUCUGCGCACUCCUUCCAUCAGCACCCCGUCGCUGGACAAGAACGGCUCGUUCCCUUGGGCCAAGGCUCUCGCCAUGUCUCCGCCGCAGCAGUUCCGCCAGCUUUCGGUCAUCCCUGAUACCGAAAUCUACUCGGACGACCUGUUCCCGGCCUCUGACUACGCUGUGAAACCAGAACAUGCGUCCAUCGUAUCUUUUGUGGACUCUGGUUUGGGCUUAUCUUUCAAGUCGACUGACGUCACCGAACACACCGAACGAGAGCCAAUCAGCUUCACGCGUUCCAAGCCUAUGCCGAUCUCUGGCUCCCUUCCGGCCAAGCCUUACAGCAGCAUGUCGUCGGUCUUUGGUAAGAAGCGCGACGCCUUCUCCAAGAGCUGGAGUGACUUGUGGGAGGAGGAAGACGAUGACGCGCAGUUCAUGGCCGAGCUCGAGAACAACUUCCACGCCUUCAAGGCUGAGAAGCCAGCGAAGCAGGUCAUCUCGGAGGCUGGCUCUGGUGUCUCCACCCCUCGCGGCGGCUUAUCGGAGGUGAGGAACCCUGCCACUGUUUACAACAGCAGGGGUCGUUCGCCGACGAAGCGCCGUGACGUCGACCACGUCAGUGAAAACACUGGCUUCAUCUUCGAAGAGCACCAGACACCUGCGAAGCGUUCUGGUACGGACAAGUGGGCCGCUCUUGGCGACCGCCGUCGUGGUCAAUCGUCGCCAACCAAAGAGCACUUGCCCUUGACUCCGUCCAAGCCCAUCAAGUCCCCCAAGCAAGCUCAGCCAACCCCCAACUCUGCUCGUAAGCGGAGCCGGACUGGCACCUGGAGGCGACCGAUCAACUGGGGUCCGAGCCAGCACGAGAACAUUCCCAAGGUUCCUGCUGUGGACAACAAGUACAAGAGCAAGGAAUGGCGCCAUUACAACAGUCCUCCCCUCGUGGUAGACGACGACCUUGGCGACCUUGAGUGGGUGUGGUAG